GGAAAGCGGUGUGGCUAAGGAGGAAGGACAGUAGCUAUACCAAUGUGAAUUGAUUAAACAUAAUGUAAUUGUUGCUAACUUAGCAACUACUUUAUUUGCAUUGAAGCGUGUUUGAUCGUUUGAGAAACAUGGCUUGUUUUUUCAGAAGAAAGAUAGCAGCAAAGCUGGGUCGUGCGCUGCAGCAGUCUGAGGAUGUCUUCAUACCAGCUCUGUCAGCAGUUCCAGUUUUUAGGAAACAACAGAGUCCUGACUUCAAACUGUCAAUCAACACAUUACGGAGCAGUGGGGUUUUACCAUCCAGUGGUGACACCCAGCAGCAAUCAGAGGAAUUAGCCAACCGGUUAAAGCAGGACAGUGUGGUGGAAGAUAUUUCUGCUGGAAAUGGAGUGAUACACUUCAAAGUGAAUCGGAAGCUUCUUGUCGAGAAAAUGUUGGAGCCAUUUGGAAAGGAGGAUGAUCACAAAUUUGGAUUAAAUAGUGAACUCUUCAAGACUCUUAAGAAAGGAACAACAUUAGUUGAGUAUAGCUCUCCAAAUAUUGCCAAGAAGUUUCACGCUGGACACUUAAGAUCUACAAUUAUUGGUAACUUCAUUGCCAACCUAAAGCAGUCACUUGGAAACAAUGUUAUCAGAAUGAACUACCUCGGAGACUGGGGUAUGCAGUUUGGUUUGCUAGGGGCUGGGUUUGGAAAAUUUGGCUGCCAGGAAAAACUGAAACAGAAUCCCCUACAGCAUUUGUUUGAGGUUUAUGUUCAAGUAAACAAGGAAGCGGAGCACAAUGAGGACACGAUGCAGGCGGCCAGAGACUUCUUCAGACAGCUGGAGCAGCAUGAGAGCGAAGCUGUGUCGUUAUGGCAACAGUUCAGAGAGAUCACAGUGGACGAGUAUCAACGUGUUUACAAACGUUUAAACGUCCACUUUGAUAUUUACUCCGGGGAGUCCUUUCACCAACAUGGAGCCCAGGAGGUGGUGCAGCAGCUGCAGAGCCGAGGCCUGUUGAAAACCUCUGAGACAGGAGCCGGUGUAGUGGAUACGUCCACAGAUGGAGACAUGAGCAGCGUGUGUGCGGUGCAGCGCGCCGACGGCACAACGCUGUACAUCACCAGGGAUCUUGCCGCAGCGAUCGACAGAAAAGAAAAGUACAAUUUUGAUGAGAUGAUUUAUGUGACGGAUAAAGGUCAAGCCAAUCACUUCAACCAGUUGUUCCACGUUCUGCGUGCUUUGGGACAUUCUUGGGCUGACAGGUGUGAGCAUGUGCCCUUCGGCCUGGUGCGGGGCAUGAGCACCCGCAGCGGGGAGGUGGUGUUUCUGGAGGACGUUCUGAACGAGGCUCGCAACAGGAUGCUGCACAACAUGAGCCAGUCAAAGACGACAAAAGAAAUGGACGACCCUGAGGACACAGCAGAGAAAGUGGGAAUCAGCGCACUAAUAGUCCAGAUGGUUAUAGUCAUCUUAUGUUCUAAAUGUCAACAGGCGAGGUUGCGACUGUUCAGCGGAGCGGGCUCAGUCCUGGCCGGCGGGAUGAGGAUCCUGGGAAUCACACCGGUGGAUAAAAUGUGAAGCUACAUUAUCAGUGUUCAUUUAACAACUGAGGUGCCACACUGCCUUUAGUUCAUUAUUACUGUACAUAAAAGGCCUUUUUAUUUAAAUAAAAAUCAUCAGAAGA